AUGGACGCGGUUCUUCGCACGCAUACGCUUCCUCAGGCGCUCGCACUUCUUGAUAGUAUAUGCCGGGUUCCGUACCGAGCCAAGCGGACAUGGAAAAACCUGUUGUCCUUCCUAGGCACCCUAGACCCUGAAACUCAGAAGACGAUAUACGACACGUUUACCGCUCGAGUAGGGUCAAAGCGUAAAGCGGUCACCCAAAAGGCUGGAGAGUCACGAGAAGCAAAAAAAGCAAGAGUCUUGCGACCAACGACAAGUCAGCCUGGGCCAUCUCAACAACACAAGAUACAAACAGUCGACGAUCUAAUCGAAGGUCCAUUUCUUAGAACCCAGGACGAAGGGACAAUCGAGCGCUGUAUCACCAAAUUUAUUGAUCGCACCAAUAACCAGACGCUACAGAAGAAGACCUGUGUUGUGUGUGCCCGUCGGCUAUUUGCAAAAAACAUACAGAUUCUUGCUCUUACCGAUAUCCCCAACCGUCAUGUACUCAAACCCACACACGGUCACCCAUCUCAUGUCCUCGUGGAUGGUGCAUUAUUCCACUCUACUGUCGACAUCAAUGGCCUCAACCCCGUUUGCGACACGUGUGUCCGUGAACUCGUCAAAUGCAACAUGCCCAAGCUUUCACUCGCAAACAACAUGUGGGUUGGCGACAUACCCUUCCAGCUCUCUAUCCUUACCUUACCUGAACAACUCCUCGUAUCCCUUUAUUUCCCGGUCGCGUAUAUUUUCAAGAUUUACCCCAAAAAUGUCAGGCCACGGGGUGACUAUGAAGCCGACGCCACACUCCCGUUCACGACCGAAAAGUUGAGGGGGAAUGUCUCGACAUUCAGGCUACCAACGACGGAGAUAGCACAUAUGGUGGCGGGACAACUAGUUCCUCGCCCAUCUUUGUUGCUAGCUGCUGUGAUUGGAGUAACAUUCAUAGGCGUCAACCGGACCGCAUUGAAACAUAUGCCCGGUAUGUUGCGCAAGAAAAUCUUCGAAGCGUUACCAGAAGACGACAUUCCGACCGAAAUUCUGGAAAAUAUAAGUCUCUCGUCAGAUGUCGACGCAGUCGGUCGGGAACACGCCGGCUAUGUACCUAAUCCUGAUACGGACGGCGAAGAAGGGUCUGCAAACGACGAAGGUUUCUCAGAUCCGACAGAGAUCGACACCCAAGAUGGGGACCCUCUCGACGAUCAUUCUCCUGACGAACCAUUUACAAGUGCAAGUGAAGAUGGACCACCCGUAUUUCCUCUACAAACUCACGGUGUUCUGGACAUCGGAGGCGACAAUAUUCCAGAUGACACGCUAUUCUCCCAUGCGGUAGAGAACGCCAAGCAUUUGUCAACGAAUACGCUCGCGUCGACGAAAAACCACGAACGAUUUGAUGGAGGGGCAACCAACCCAAACCAUUUACUUGGUGCAUUCCCCAUGCUAUUUCCCUACGGGUACGGCGGAUUUGAAGUUGACCGCGAACGCAAAGUCACCUACGAAGAACACGUUAAAUGGGCGCUGCAGUAUCACGACCUUCGUUUUCGAAAACACACCUCAUUCGCCUUCCAAGCCUUCGGGGUACUGCUAAAGCGACAAGUAUGUCGUUCGGCCAAACUGCAAAUGGAUCGCAACCAGUUCCUGGCAAAUCAAACAGCAUUCAAGUUGCUUACUCCGAAAGACUUUCUGAAAGCCAACGAAGACGAACUUGCCGGUCGAUCUAUCUCGAAUCCGACCAUCCGUCUCUUGCGCAAGCAUAUAUCGACAGUACGAGCGCGUGUCCAAGGUACAGACGAAAGUCGGGUAUCAAUCAGAGCGCAGAUAUGGGGUAUGACAAUCAAAUAUAACCCACCGACACUCUGGCUCACCAUCAACCUGUCCGAUACCAACGACCCCAUCGCUCAAGUUCUCGCAGGCCAAGCAAUCGACCUCGACAAUUUUGUGGCCAAGACAGGGCCGAACGCCACGAUGCGAGGAAAUGUUAUGAGCGCAGAUCCUUUCGCUGCGGCAGAGUAUUUUCAUCUCGUCAUCGGAAUUCUACUCGACGAAAUGAUAGGGAUUAACGUCGGGGUCCAUGGUGCUAUAAAUCGAAAAGAAGGAAUCUUCGGCCUGGUAAAUGGAUACAUCGGAACAGUUGAAGCGCAAGCUCGAGGUUCGCUACACUUACACAUUCUGUUCUGGCUGAAAGACGCCCCAACCUCGUCACUAAUGCAACAAGCACUUCAAAGCGAGAAAUUUAGAUCGAAGAUCAAAGCUUUCAUCAAGAACAACAUCCGUGCCGACGUUGCAGGCGAUAUCCUUCCCCAACAAGCUCGAACCCGCGGACGAGCAGGUGUUUCCUAUUCGCGGCCAAUAGACCCGCGCAAGGAAGGGUAUCACGAAAAGAUACUACGAUCCGAAUCCCACAACGCCGCGAUCCUGCAAAGCCACGAAUGUACGAUAUAUUAUUGCCUCAAAUCGGUGAAAGGAGGUAUCGCAUGUAAGCGUGGCUAUCCCUGGCUCACUUACCCCGACGAUUGGGUAGACGCAGAAGGGAACUGGGGACCUCGUCGUCGUUAUCCAUUCCUUAACCCUUGGAACCCGCCUAUAUCCCGCGUCACCCGCUGCAACAUGGACAUUAAACUUCUCACCAAUGCCUGCGAGACAAAGGAUAUCGGAUUUUAUAUCACUCUUUACAUCACCAAGAAACAAGUACAAGCCGCCAAUGCAUCAGCUGUCCUAGCGCAAAGCCGGGCGUUCUUACAAGACGACAAACCAGCGAAUACAACCAGAACAAUCGGGAACAAAGAAGAGUUGCGUAAGAUCAACCUACGCCUGCUCGAACAAUGCGCCAAUACACUCAGUCGCCAGUACGAAAUGAGUGGACCGGAGGUCAUGAGUUACCUUAUGGGAUGGGGAGAUCGUUAUAUCUCCCAUACAUUUAUCAAAAUUUACUGGGAUUCGAUGGUCGCCAGUCUCUAUAGAGCCUUUCCUUCCCUCAAACUCAUGGACCGUUCCGACGGAGAUCCAACCGAUCAUCCGCAAUCAGAGUCGCGACCUAUCGUAUUAGAAAAUGGGUCAUUCACGCUCCAAGAUCAGCUGGGACAAUAUGCGGAUAGAGGGAUAGAGCUCGAAUCGAUGAACCUCUACGAUUUCUUUCUCUCCACAUAUCACGUGUCACCGACUACCGACAUAUCCGAUCAACAUCCACCCGCUGGGAAGGGGCUCGAGUUAUUCGAGGAGAGCGACAAGAAACGGCGCUUCAUAUCAUGGGCAAGUGGCUCCCUCGUAACGAUGAUCUAA